AUUGAGUUGAGCUGAUAAGCCGCCCUUGUCUAAUCUGCCGUCAUGUCUCAGCACCAACCCCGGCUCCUCGCCGACUGUCGCGACGACAAGUUUGGUCCCUGGGCCGGAAUCCUCUGUCGCGGCGGCUUCGACUUUACGCUGUUUUUCGAGGAGUCCAUCCUCUCCAUUUCCGUCCAGGCCAUCUUCCUGCUUUUGCUCCCGAUUUGGGCCUGGCAGGUAGCUCGCACUGACGCCAAAGUCGCUGGAGGCAUCGUCCGCCCAAUCAAAACUAUAGGGUUGUUGUGUCUGGUCGGUCUCAAUGCCGCUCUUCUCGCCCUCUGGGUCAAGACCGAUGACGGCCAAAUCACCCACACCAGGGCGACCCUCGCCAAUGCAGUACUCACUCUCAUCGCCUCUCUCGGCGCCUGUGUUCUCUCCUGGCUAGAGCAUGAGCGUAACCCCAAGCCUUCAUUCCUUGUAACUAGCUGGCUAUUUUUCUCUGGCUUUCUCGACCUUGCGCGCAGCCGUACCUUGUGGAUGAUUGGCGAUGGCUACCAACCCAUCCCCAUACUCCUUACCUGCUCUUUGGUUUUGCGCUUGGUUUUGUUGGUACUUGAGUCUUUGGGGAAGCGCCACCUGCUCGUCCCACAGUACAAAGACAGCGAAAGAGACAUUACCAGGACCCUCUUCGAGACAGUCCUCUUCUGGUGGCUGAAUCCGCUGUUGGCUGUGGGUUACAAACGGAACAUCGCCCUGAGUGAUUUGUAUCCUCUUGAAAAAGACAUGCACUCCGAUGACUGGCACAAAAAUAUUGCCGAGGCAUGGGAAAAGGUGCCUGACAAGACCGUCCCAGGCGUGUUGUUUAACGUAUCGAUUCGUGCUCUCGCGUGGCCUCUAAUGACCUGUGUUCCUCCAAGACUGUUGCAGAUCGGAUUUACUUAUGUGCAACCCAUCAUGAUCAAGCAGGCUGUCACAUUCGCUGCUACACCGCAAGGCAAACCCUAUGACAACUAUGGCUACGGCCUAGUUGGAGCCUUUGCCAUCGUCUACACUUGCUUGGCUAUUUGCUUGAGUCAGUACCAAUGGCGUGUGAGCCGUGUUUCUGCGAAGCUCAGGGGCGGCAUCAUGGCACUCAUCUUCCAAGAAUCUCUGCAACUGGACGUGACAUCACCGGAUAUUAGCAGCACAGGUGCAAUUACCUUGUUAAACACUGACGCCAACAACAUGAUCGAAGCCGUUCAUAUGAUACACGAAAUCUGGGCCAACUGCGCAGAGAUUGGAAUUGCCAUUUACCUGGUACAGCGAGAAAUGGGCGCCGCGUGUGCCAUGCCGAUUGCCCUAGCAGCUUCUUUGAUGUUUAUUGCGGUCUUCAUCGCAGUUCCAUCCGGAACAGCCCAGGCGGCUUGGAUCCAGGCUUCUCAGGAGCGCGUGACGGCAACUUCCAAGACCUUGAGCAGCGUCAAGUGGCUCAAGAUUUCGGGCCUGAGCGAUGUGACCUUUGGCGUCAUUCGACGUUUGAGGGUCAGGGAACUCAAAAUCUCAAUCACUUAUCGAAUCUUGCUCGGAGUGACCCUGGUCCUGCUGACUUUCUCAUCGGUAUGGAGUCCGAUCCUUACGUUCUGUCUAUAUGCAGGCCUGGCAAAGAGGAAUGGAACCUCGAUUGAUGUCCCUACCGUCUUUGCAGCGUACUCGGCUCUGUCCCUGUUGAAUGGCCCUAUCACCUGGGUUAUGCUCGCAUUUCCCACCAUGGCCGGUAGCUUGCAAUCUUUCCAGCGUGUACAAAACCACCUCAACGGAAAGAAACGGGUUGAUAACCGGGAGGCGCUAAUGAAUCGCCCCCAAUCUAUCAACCAGGCAGAGAAGAGUGACACUCAUCUUAUGUUAAACUUUGAGCAAAUCAAGGUGCCAGAAGGGCACUUUGAGCUGUCGGAUAUGGAUCAGAGCAGCGCCCCAUCCUCCAUCAUAAUGGAAAAAGGCUUCAUUGCAUCUGUCCAUGGCAAGUUUUCGUGGGCAGAGGACGAAGAACCAGUCCUCGACAUUGAAGAGUGGAACAUUCAACGGCGCACGUUAACCAUGGUCCUUGGCCCCGUCGGCUGUGGCAAAUCGACUCUGUUGAAAGGCUUACUGGGCGAACUGGGCGGCUUUAAGGGAACUAUCCGUGCUAACUUCUCGGGAGCGGCCUAUUGCGACCAGAGCCCUUGGAUUCCGAAUGACACCGUCCGCAAUAUCAUCAUUGGUGGCUCGGACUGGGACGAGGCCUGGUAUCAAAGGGUUCUUCACGCUUGUGCCCUGGAGCAUGACUUGCUCACUUGGCCAAAGGGACACGACACAGUAGCUGGAUCUCAAGGAAUAUCCAUGAGUGGUGGCCAAAAGCAACGUCUGUCAAUCGCUCGAGCCGUAUACUCGAGGAGGGAAUUUUUGAUCAUGGACGAUGUUCUAAGCUCUCUGGAUUCCUCCACCGAAGAGUUUAUCUUUCAAAGUCUCUGGGGCGAAAAGGGACUGCUUUGGGAGGCAGAUAUCACCACGGUCCUCACCUCCUCUGACGAACGCCGAGUCCAUUCUGCCGGCCAGCUUGUCAUCCUGAAUGAAAGGGGCCAGAUCAGCGGAAGGGGCACGCCUGAUGAGCUCCAAGAUGUUCUCAGCCAUGUUGAGAUCAAGUCCAACGGCAACAAAACAGGAAAAAAACACGGCGCAGUGGCACCCGAUAACAACGGUGCAAUCGGUGUUUUAGCAGAGCUUCCCACAGCCGACGUGGAUGAUCCUACCCGCCGGCUGGGCAAUUGGGAGAUGUAUUCGCUCUACACGCAGGCCGCCGGAAAGCUUACCUUGGGCCUUUUCAUCCUGGCCAUGGCUGUAUAUGCUUUCUGCGCCUCUUUCCCCUCUGUCUGGCUUGGAUGGUGGGCAAAGAAGGCCGCUGAAGAGGGGACCAAGAAUCUGGGCAAAUGGCUCGGCGUUUACGUCGUCCUGGGAGUUGGCUCACUGGUUGGAUCUACGUGCGGAAUCUGGCAACUUAUCGUGGUUAUCAUUAACAAAUGUGGACUACACUUCCACGAAGCGUUAUUGGAAACAGUAUCACGAGCCCCUAUGGCCUUCCAUUCUGCCGUGGACAGUGGUAUCACGGUGAACAGAUUUAGCGAGGACCUGCGACUGAUUGAUAUGGAACUGCCAACCGCUGCCUUCGGCGUGUCUUCAACCAUGGCGUUUCUUUUCGCUCAAGUCAUCAUUGUCGCUGUCACGUCGCGUUACUUGGCCGUUGCGUUCCCGGUUCUGCUCUUCAUGCUUUAUGUCAUCCAGCAUUUCUACCUCCGCACCUCGCGCCAGCUGCGUCUCCUUGAUAUUGAAUGCAUGGCCCCGGUCAACUCCCAGCUGAUUGAGACUCUGGACGGCCUGGUGUCGAUCCGGGCUUUCCAGUGGGACCAAAACUUCCUGCAGAAAAGCCUGGUCGUCAUUGACAACUCGCAGAGACCUCGGUACCUGCUGGCCUCUAUUCAGGGCUGGCUGUCGUAUCACAUCGACAUGGUAAUCACACUGCUAGCCAUUAUCUUUGUCAUUCUGACUACCACUCUCCGAGAGGAGAUCGGUGCCAACUACAUGGGUAUUGGUCUCAACAGUGUUUUGGGAUUGGGUAGUGCCACAAAGACUGUGCUGAGCUUCUGGGUCAUGUUGGAAGUGUCGCUUGGUGCUGUCAUGCGUGUGCAUCAGUUCACGAAGGAAACGGAAAAAGAGGGCGCACACGAUGAGCCUUUCCAUGACGAGGAGCACGCGGCUUGGCCCACGCAAGGCGCCGUUGAACUGAACGGCGUCACCGCAUCUUAUGAGUCUUCCGGAGUAUGUCUAGACAAUAUCUCAUUCUCGAUCCAGCCUGGGCAGAAAGUUGCCAUCUGUGGGCGAACUGGAAGCGGUAAGAGUUCACUGACGCUCUGUCUGCUUCGGCUGAUGGACCUCGACUCUGGCUCCAUCGCGAUCGACGGCGUGAACCUUACCAGGCUUUCUCAUGAGUACGUGCGAAAUAAACUUGUCGCCCUGCCACAACAGGUCUUCAUCAUGGACGCUUCAGUCCGACUCAAUGCCGACCCCUCUGAGACAGUUGGCGAUGAGGAGAUUAUUAGUGCUCUUAAAAGAGUGCAGCUAUGGCCCAAGAUCGAGAAGAGAGGUGGUCUCGAUACUGUGGUUGACGACAAUUUCUUUUCCCAAGGCGAAGGACAACUUCUUGUCUUUGCUCGAGCCAUGUUACGCAAGAGCAAAGUACUUAUUCUGGAUGAGUUCACCAGCAGUUUGGACCAGACAACGAGCCAGAUUGUCGAGGAGCUUCUCGUUUCAUUCUUCAAUGACUGGACAAUUCUCGCCGUCACACACAAACUGGACUCUGUCUUGACCUUUGACAGAGUUGCUGUCCUGGAACGUGGAAGGUUUCUUGAGUUUGACGAGCCCCGGAAGCUUCUGGAACAACAGGACUCGGCGUUCAAAACAUUGUACGAGACCCAUCAGCAGAGCGAAUAUACCGACAGUUCGGGCGGGGGGAAGUUAUAGGACAUUUAAUCUUAUAGAUUUCCUGCUCUCGAUACCUUCCACCAUCGCGUUGUCACCUUUCCUAUGUGUACCGAAAAUCAUUUCUUUCUGGGUGCUCUAAAGCAGC